AUGCAGUUGCCGAACAGACACGUCGGAGCUUAUGGAUACUCAGUGCGUAAUUACGCACCAGCAUCGCUGUACCCGCAGUACCAGGGGACGCAGUGCGCGUUGUCAACGAAGCCUCCCAGUGGAAAAUCUUUCACUAUUGAUGCUUUGCUCGCCAAGCCAGAGGACACAGCCAGCUGCCGGACGAGUCCUACUCAGUGCGGAGAGAAAUAUCAACCAGCAGCACCAGUUCUGUCUGUCCCUGGACACGUAGGCUUACCGAUGGCAACAGCACCUUACCUCUACUCACCAAACAUGUUGCACUCAGCGGUCCACACACAACCUGGAUAUUCAGUCUACUGCUACCCGCCUUUCACCUACCAGUCGUCGUGUCGGGGACCAUUUUACGCACAAGCUCAAAUGUCCAAAGUCAACGCAGGUCUGCAUUCGUUCAAAACUAAAGGUGGGAAGUCGAAACGGAUGCGCACUAGCUUCACCAGCGAGCAGCUCUCCCGGCUGGAGAAGGAGUUUGCACGGCAGCAGUACAUGGUCGGAUCAGAGAGAUUCCUCCUGGCCUCGGCUUUGCAGCUCACAGAAGCUCAGGUCAAAGUAUGGUUCCAGAACCGACGCAUCAAGUGGCGCAAACAGAGUCUGGAGCAGCAACAGGCCAAGCUGGCUAAACUAGGCCUGGCCGCUCCGCCGAAAAGUCCCGGAUCUCAAGGCCACGGAGACGAAGUAGAGGAGGAUGAGGAGUUCUCCGACUUAGACGUGGAUAUUGACGUGUCUGAUGACUCUACUGACCACUGUUGA